CUGCGCCGGGGCCCGGAGCCGGGCGGCCGCGAUGGCCUGCGCCCCGGCCCGGCCCGCUGGCCGCGCGUCCACGGCGCGCUGCGCCCCUUCGCGCCGGGCGAGCCGCUGGAGGACGCGGACCCCGGCGCGCACGCCGCCCCCCGGCAGAAGCGGGACGCCAACGCCAGCGCCUACCGAGGCAAGAGGUGCCGCAUGGAGUCCUGCUUCGACUUCACUCUGUGCAAGAAGAACGGCUUCAAGGUCUACGUGUACCCGCAGCAGAAAGGGGAGAAGAUCGCCGAAAGUUACCAAAACAUUCUCGCGGCCAUCGAGGGCUCCCGGUUCUACACCUCGGACCCCAGCCAGGCGUGCCUCUUUGUCCUGAGUCUGGAUACGUUAGACAGAGACCAGUUGUCACCCCAAUAUGUGCACAAUCUGAGGUCCAAGGUGCAGAGUCUGCACUUGUGGAACAACGGGAGGAACCAUUUGAUUUUUAAUUUAUAUUCCGGCACGUGGCCCGACUACACCGAGGACGUGGGGUUUGACAUCGGCCAGGCCAUGCUGGCCAAGGCCAGCAUCAGCACCGAAAACUUCCGGCCCAACUUUGAUGUGUCCAUCCCCCUCUUUUCUAAGGAUCAUCCCAGGACAGGAGGGGAGCGGGGCUUUUUGAAGUUUAACACCAUCCCUCCUCUCAGGAAGUACAUGCUGGUCUUCAAGGGGAAGAGGUACCUGACGGGGAUAGGGUCGGACACCAGGAAUGCCUUAUACCACGUCCACAACGGGGAGGACGUGGUGCUCCUCACCACCUGCAGGCAUGGGAAGGACUGGCGGAAGCACAAGGACUCCCGCUGCGACAGAGACAACACGGAGUACGAGAAGUUUUACGUUUCCAUGAACAUUGGCUUUAGUGUCUUCAACAUGAGUCUGUGAAUGACCUUGCUCCCUUGCUCCCAUCACGAGCUU